AUGCCUCCAAAAAAGCAACAACAGGCUAGUUCUUCCAAAAUCAAGGACGACAAGACAUUUGGCAUGAAAAACAAAAACAAAUCUGCCAAGGUUCAGAAGGAAGUACAACGUAUCCAACAACAGCAACAGAAUGCCGGAAAGUCGAGAGCUGUGCUGGAGAAGGAGAAAGAGAAAGAGAUGCGUGAAAAAGCCAAGGCAGAAGAGGAAAAGCGGAAGAAGGAAGACGCUGCGUUGAUUAAGCCGGUCGUGGCUCAGAAGGUUCCCUUUGGGGUGGAUCCCAAAACGAUCUUGUGCGCGUACUUUAAGGCGGGACAGUGCGACAAGGGCAGCAAGUGCAAGUUCAGUCAUGAUCCGGAUGUGGGUAGAAAAGUCGAAAAGAAAAACCUGUACGCAGAUAGUCGGGAGGAAAAAAUGGCUGAUACCAUGGAUCAAUGGGACGAGGAGAAACUCCGUAGUGUUGUUUCAUCGAAACAUGGGAAUCCACGGACAACAACAGAUAUCGUGUGCAAACAUUUCAUAGAGGCUAUUGAAACCCAAAAGUUUGGCUGGUUUUGGGAAUGUCCAAACAGCGAUAACUGUCAAUAUCGGCACGCCCUUCCACCCGGAUUCGUCCUCAAAUCGCAGAAGAAAGCACUAGACGAAGCCGCUAAGGCAAACACAAUUAGUCUAGAAGAAUUCCUUGAAGUUGAGCGUCACAAACUAGGAUCUAACUUGACCCCGGUGACUCCCGAAACCUUUGCCAAAUGGAAGCAGACACGAAUGAAUAAGAAACAAGCAGAGGAUGAAGCACUUCGCAAGACCAAGGAUGUUCAACACGCUGCAGGGAAGAAUACGGGUAUGAGCGGAAGAGACUUGUUCCAAUAUAACCCUGAAUGGUUCGAGGACGAAGAAGACGAUGGCGAAGACGAUUGGGACUUGGCCAAGUACAGAAGAGAGCAGGAAGAGGAGUCCUUGGCUGUUGAGGAGAAGCGUGUAGCAGAUUUGGCCUUGCAUGACGGCGAAUACCACGAAAACGGUGCUUAA